AUGUCGUCGCUGUCGCUCUCACUCCCCCUGUUACAGACGCGCGACCUUCAUGCGCUUCUCUCCCCUGCGACGCUCGGCGACGAAAGCGCGUACAAAAUCAAGUGGCGCGACGAUACCUGUGCCUAUGUCAUCUUCCAGGACGCGAGCCUGGCGAAGCGCGCAUACCUGCAGCUGCUCUGUGCACCUCCGCCCCUGAUGCAGCAGGACCCCUCGGCAAACGCACCAAAGACAUGUGCACGCCUCACCAGCACGUCGUACGCAGCCGUCCGGCCGUGCACUGGCCCCGAGGCGGCGUCGCUGCUGGGCAGCGGCGCCGCGCCGCAUGCGCCCGGUGCGCAGUCCAGCCGCGUCCGCGCAUCCUGGGGCGAUCCCCCUCCGAUCGGCUCGCGCCACUUUUCGCACGAGCGGCCGCACCGGCGUGUGCCGAGCAACGCGCCGCUGCCGAACAAGCCGAUCGGCAGCCUGGACGCAAGCGCACUCGCACGCACGCCCGCACUUCCGGAUGUAUCAGGACGGUCUCCGUCCGGCCACACUCGAUUCCCGUCUAGCGGGAUGGUGGCGCAUGACACGACCAGCGCACUGCGCAUGAUGUAG